AUGAGCAGCUUAGAGGUCAUUACAUUCCCAGUGGUCGUUGCCAGUUCUCGGCAUAGACGCAUCUCGGAAAAGAAGCCACGCCUCACGGGAGAAUUCCCUUUUCGGGGCAAAAUUGAAUUGGCCAGGAGCAAGAUAGAUAAUAAUUCUCCAGAUGCACAGGCUCAUCAUUACUUCAAGGUCUCCAAGAUUCAGGAGUUAAAACUCCCCAAGAUUGUGGAGCAAGAUAGGAUGGAGAAUCCAAAUGAACCUCAGGAAGGAUCCAAUGAUGCCCAACACAAGAUUGGGCUGCUUGAACAAGAAAACAAGUCCUUGGCUAUACGUCUAGCUAAUAUAUAUCGUGGAUCAGGUAUGGUUGAUUGCUGGAAUGAGUACCAACAAAAGAGUGUGUUCCAAAAAAAGCAGAAUAUAGAACUUAUAAGGAUUACUAUGGAGAACCAGGCAAUUCUUAAGAGACUCCAAGACCGAAAGGCAACCUAUGACAGGAAGCAAUAUGAACAGGAUUGGCAGAAUUCCAGGAAAUACAUGAGGAAGAACUCUCGUUUUCUGCCAUUAAAUCAAGAGUAA